UGGACUCUGGCUGAGUAAUAAAUUCCCACCGAACGAGAGCGCGGUCUUUCUCGAUACGCGCCUCGCUGAGAGAGUUUUCGCGGCCCUGCGCUCCCGUCGCGGCCCUGUGGUCGGCGGUUUCCGCGUGGCCCCCAGCGAGGCCAGGCGGCCCCGCUCGAGGCCCGCGUCGCCAUGGCUGCGGUUCCCGAGUUGCUGCAGCAGCAGGAGGAGGACUGCGGCAAGCUGAGAUCUGUAUCAGUGGACCUGAAUGUUGACCCCGCGCUUCAGAUUGACAUACCUGAUGCACUCAGUGAGAGAGACAAAGUCAAAUUUACAGUGCACACCAAGACCACGCUCCCCACGUUUCAGAGCCCAGAGUUUUCUGUCACACGGCAACAUGAAGACUUCGUGUGGCUACACGACACUCUUAUUGAAACUGCAGACUACGCCGGGCUUAUUAUUCCGCCUGCGCCCACGAAGCCUGACUUUGAUGGCCCUCGAGAAAAGAUGCAGAAACUGGGAGAGGGCGAAGGGUCUAUGACCAAAGAAGAAUUUGCCAAGAUGAAGCAAGAGCUGGAAGCUGAGUAUCUCGCUGUCUUUAAGAAGACUGUCUCUUCCCACGAAGUCUUUCUUCAGCGGCUCUCCUCUCACCCUGUUCUCAGUAAAGAUCGCAACUUUCAUGUUUUCCUGGAGUAUGAUCAAGAUCUGAGUGUUAGGCGGAAGAAUACCAAAGAGAUGUUUGGUGGCUUUUUCAAAAGUGUGGUGAAGAGUGCUGAUGAGGUCCUCUUGUCCGGAGUGAAGGAGGUAGAUGACUUCUUUGAGCAAGAGAAGAAUUUCCUCAUUAACUAUUAUAACAGGAUCAAGGAUUCAUGUGGGAAGGCUGACAGAAUGACCAGAUCUCACAAAAAUGUCGCGGACGAUUACAUCCACACCGCAGCCUGCCUGCACAGCCUGGCUCUAGAGGAGCCCACAGUCAUCAAGAAGUACCUAUUGAAGGUUGCCGAGCUAUUUGAAAAACUUAGGAAAGUAGAGAGUCGAGUCUCCUCGGACGAGGACUUAAAGCUGACGGAGCUCCUCCGAUACUACAUGCUCAACAUAGAGGCUGCUAAGGAUCUCUUAUACAGACGCACCAAAGCCCUCAUUGACUACGAGAACUCAAACAAAGCCUUGGAUAAGGCCCGGUUAAAAAGCAAAGACGUCAAGUUGGCUGAAGCACACCAGCAGGAAUGCUGCCAGAAGUUUGAACAGCUUUCUGAGUCUGCGAAAGAAGAGCUAAUCAGUUUCAAACGAAAGAGAGUGGCAGCAUUUAGAAAGAAUCUAAUUGAAAUGUCUGAACUGGAAAUAAAACAUGCCAGGAACAGUGUCUCCCUCUUGCAGAGCUGCAUUGACUUGUUCAAGAACAACUGACCUUCCUCUUCUCUGACGGACGCGAAUGUGAGGAGAGCGGCCUCGCUUGCACUCAGAUCAUCACCACAGAAGAUUUACUACCUUUGACUUGAGUUUAAAAUUAUGUGGAUAAAUACUUUGAUUUCUAAAGAUCUUAACGCUUAACCCAUGUUUUAAAAUGUUUCUGUUGCAUGCUACUGGGACAUAACAGAUCUUUUCCUUACGCAUUUAGUACCUCAGAGUGGGUAGCGUCUGAAUCCUGGGUUCUCUAGUUUGUCUUCAGUCAUUAGGAAAGUGGGCGAGAAUCACGUGCCUCCUGGCGGCGAGUGUAAGCGAUUGCCUGGCACCUGUUUCAUGUGCCCGUGUCCCUGCAGACCGGUUACUGUAGGAUAGGUAGGUGCCGUUACAACAGAAUUCAGCUACUUGUUACAGGUAACAGACAUUCCAUCCCUUCAUUAGCUGGUUUCCUCCCUCCUCAAGGGUCUUCAGUCACCUCAAGUUGUCUGUACUGUUACAAGAGCAAGACAGAUCUCGUCUUUACGUACACCCUUUGCAGUUCCAUCUUUGUAGCUGGAAUACAAAUAUUUGAGGGGAGAGAAACAUUCUAAGGGUGUAAGAAGAGGAAUGUGGCCUGCUUUAGAAGGUGGCCAGAUCUACAGCAAGAUGUGAACCCUCCUUAAUGGUAGUGGGGGGGCGGUAUUUGUUUUGUGUUCGGACUUUUUAUAAAGUACAUAAUAAAAUGAUAAACCAUGUUCUACA